AUGAAACUCCUCAGUAACAUUUUGGUUUAUCGACGAUUUCUCCUUGUGGUGUUCUGUGUGCUGCUUUUACUACCGCUUCCUCUUGUCAUCCACUCUAAGGAAGCAGAAUGUGCCUACGUACUCUUCGUUGUAGCCAUAUUUUGGAUCACAGAAAGUCUACCUCUGUCUGUCACAGCUUUGCUGCCCGGUUUAAUGUUCCCCAUGUUUGGGAUCAUGCGCUCUGCAGAGGUGGCAUCUGCUUAUUUCAAAGACUUUCACCUGCUGCUAUUUGGAGUCAUCUGUUUAGCAACGUCAAUAGAAAAAUGGAAUUUGCACAAGAGGAUUGCUCUGAAGAUGGUGAUGAUGGUGGGUGUGAACCCAGCACGGCUGACGCUGGGGUUCAUGAGCAGCACAGCCCUCCUCUCCAUGUGGCUUAGCAACACCUCUACUACUGCCAUGGUGAUGCCCAUUGUGGAAGCUGUGGCACAGCAGAUCAUCAGGGCUGAAGCAGAGGCUGAGGCCACGCAGAUGACUUAUUUCAAUGAAUCUGCCAACCAUGGACUGGAAGUUGAUGAAACUGUUAUUGGACAGAAAACAAAUAAGAAAGAGAAAACAAAACCAAGGUACAGUAAUGAUGCACAGAAAAUGUCAAGCAAGACGGAUAUGGAAAAGAACUCAGUCACUGGAGCAAUAUAUCGAUCAAAGAAGGACCACAUGAUGUGUAAGCUUAUGUGUUUGUGCAUUACUUACUCUUCUACCAUUGGUGGACUAACAACAACCACUGGUACUUCCACAAACCUGAUCUUCACUGAGCAUUUCAAUACACGCUAUCCUGAUUGUGAUUGCCUCAAUUUUGGAUCAUGGUUUAUGCUUUCCUUCCCGGUUGCUAUUAUUCUUCUACUCUUGUCCUGGAUCUGGCUUCAGUGGCUUUUCCUAGGAUUCAAUUUUAAGGAGUUGUUCAAAUGUGGCAAAACCAGAACUGUCAAAGAGAAAGCUUGUGCUGAGGUGAUUAAGCAAGAAUACCAAAAACUCGGCCCAAUGAGGUAUCAAGAAAUCGUGACCUUGGUUCUCUUCAUUAUAAUGGCCCUUCUAUGGUUUACUCGAGAUCCUGGAUUUGUCUCUGGUUGGUCUGUACUUUUUUCAGAGAAAUCUGGUUAUGUUACAGAUUCAACUGUUGCCUUAAUUGUAGGACUCCUUUUCUUUGUCAUCCCAGCUAAGACACUGACAAAAACUACACCUACCGGAGAAAUUGUUGCUUUUGAUUACUCUCCACUGAUUACUUGGAAAGAAUUCCAGUCAUUCAUGCCCUGGGAUAUAGCCAUUCUUGUUGGUGGAGGGUUUGCCCUGGCAGAUGGCUGUGAGGUAUCAGGAUUAUCUAUGUGGAUAGGAAAUAAAUUAUCUCCUCUAGGUUCGUUACCAGUAUGGCUAAUAAUUCUGAUAUCUUCUCUGAUGGUCACAUCUUUAACAGAGGUAGCCAGCAACCCAGCUACCAUCACCAUCCUCUUCCCAAUAUUAGCUCCACUGUCUGAAGCCAUUCAUGUGAACCCUCUUCAAAUUUUGCUGCCUUCUACUCUGUGUACUUCAUUUGCAUUCCUUUUACCAGUAGCAAAUCCACCCAAUGCCAUUGUUUUCUCAUAUGGCCAUCUGAAAGUCAUAGACAUGGUUAAAGCUGGACUUGGUAUUAAUAUUUUGGGUGUUGCAGUGGUGAUGCUCGGCAUGUUCACCUGGAUUGAAACUAUGUUUGACCUCAACACUUACCCUUCUUGGGCUCCUGCAAUUGCUAAUGACACCAUACCAUGA